AUGUCUAUUAAGGUUCAUAAACAACCGAAAAAGAGUAAGUCAGACAAAAGUGGCAUUGAUGCUAAACUGCUAGCUGACAAAAUCAGAAAACAAGCAAUAAAGCAGAAGGUAGAUAAAGAAAAGAAUAGAAGCACAGAAAAUGAAGAAGGAAAGGCUAUCAAUGAAGAAAAAAUUAUUAAUGAUGACACCGAGUUGAAAGUUAAGGACUUCAAAGACCUUCACUUAGUUCCUGAAUUAAUGGAAGCGAUCGAAAACUUGAAAUACACUAAGCCAACACCUAUUCAAGCAGAAGCGAUUCCCCAAGCUUUGGAGGGUAAGGAUAUUAUAGGAUUAGCUCAGACGGGAUCAGGAAAAACUGCAGCAUUUGCAAUACCCAUAUUGCAGGCUUUGUGGGAAGCACAGACCCCAUAUUAUGGACUAGUUUUGGCUCCAACUAGGGAGCUUGCUUAUCAAAUCAAAGAAACCUUCGAUGCAUUGGGGUCAUCGAUGGGCCUAAGAACAGCAUGUAUCGUAGGGGGUAUGGAUAUGAUGGAUCAAGCGAGAGAGUUGAUGAGAAAGCCACACGUUUUAAUAGCCACUCCUGGUCGUAUAAUGGAUCAUUUGGAGCAUACCAAAGGAUUUUCUUUGAAAAACUUGAAGUAUUUCGUUAUGGAUGAAGCAGACAGACUAUUGGAUAUGGAUUUUGGACCAGCUUUGGAUAAGAUUCUUAAAGUCAUUCCUAUUAAAAGAACCACUUAUUUAUUUUCGGCUACAAUGACAAGUAAAAUUGAAAAGCUACAAAGAGCAUCUUUGCACAAUCCAGUAAAAGUUGCUGUGUCUAAUAAGUACCAGACAGCUGAUAAUCUAGUUCAAUCAAUGAUGUUGGUGAGCGAUGGUUACAAGAACACUUUUUUGAUUCACUUAUUGAAUGAGAAUAUCGGAAAAUCUAUUAUUAUUUUUACAAGGACAUGUGCUCAUUCGCAAAGAACGGCACUUCUUGCAAGAAUACUCGGGUUUUCUGCAACCCCUUUGCAUGGUCAACUUACACAAGCACAAAGAUUAGGUUCUUUGAACAAGUUCAAAUCAGGACAAUCAAAUAUCUUAGUUGCCACAGACGUGGCCGCAAGAGGUCUUGACAUUCCGUCUGUAGAUUUGGUUAUAAAUUAUGACAUACCAACUGAUUCAAAGGCAUAUAUACAUAGAGUGGGAAGAACUGCUCGUGCUGGUAAGUCAGGAAAAUCUAUUUCUUUGGUUACCCAAUAUGACUUAGAGAUGUAUUUAAGAAUUGAAAGCGUCUUAGAUAAAAAACUACCAAAAGAUCCCUCCCCAUCCAAAGAUAUAUUGAAUGCUUUGCAUAUGCACGUUGACAGAGCAAGUGCUGAAGCAAUUCGUCAAACUAAGGAAUUUCAUGGUAGAAAUGGCCGUAAGAAAAACAGAGAUGAGAGGGAUAGAGAAGAACAGUAA